CGCAUGACGGAAGUCCGCUGCUCGACUUCCGGGUCUCCGCCGCACGCUUUCCUUCCGCGGGUUUGUGAAACGAAGAGCGAACGCUUUCAGACAAUACCGGCAAAAUGAGUAAAGCACACCCGCCCGAGCUGAAGAAGUUCAUGGAUAAGAAGCUUUCAUUGAAGCUGAACGGAGGCCGACACGUUCAGGGAAUCCUGCGAGGCUUCGACCCCUUCAUGAACCUGGUGGUGGACGACUGUCUGGAGAUGGGUCCUGGAGGACAGCAGAACACCAUCGGCAUGGUGGUCAUCAGAGGAAACAGCAUCAUCAUGUUGGAGGCCCUGGAGAGAGUAUGAGAGAGGAGCAGGAGGAAGAGGAAGAGAUCCACAACUUUUUACAUUCUGUUAACCGUUUUAUUUUUUUGUUAAAGACACACGGUAGUUCUAUGUCUGUGAAGAUGUCUGAUUGUCACUGACAGGGAUGUUUUGUUUGUUUUUGAAUUGUGCAACCUUGUGAAUAAAUUACUUUUUCUUUGUA